AUGAUUUGCUUAAAAAAUAAAUGCUUUCAUGGAAGGCUAUGGUUAAAAUACAAAGGAGCAAUUAAUAUAUAUAAAAAAACAAAUAUAUAUUUCUACAAUUAUGUAAAUUUUUUAAAUAAAUCUUUUCUAAGAAAAGGAAUCAAUUCGAUGUGUUUUAGCGCAUCAAACAAUUUGGAUUACAUUAAUUAUGUAAAUGAAAUAAAUAAUUUUAUUGAGACAUUUCAAAAAAAUUCAGAUAAUUCGAUAUCCAAUGAAGGAAAUAUAAUUCCUAUAUUACAAAAAAUAAAAAAUGAAACAAAAUAUCAUGAAAAUGAAGAUGCUAUGGAAAUUAUAAGUAGUAUAAAAUUGUUAAUAGAAAAAAGAGUUCGUCCAAUUGUAGUAAAUGAUGGGGGUGAUAUAAAAUUUGUCUGUUUUGAUAUGGAUAGUGGUAUAGUUUACGUGCAACUACAAGGAGCUUGUGUUGGAUGUUCACAAAGUGAAGUAACGCUACAAUAUAUGAUAAAAAAUAUGUUGACAUAUUAUAUUUCUGAAAUUAAAGAAAUUAAAAAUAUAUCAAAAGAUGGAAUUAUUCUUUAA